AUGGGCCGCGGCUGCGGAGCGAGGAGGGAGAGCGGCCCUAGGCCUCCCCCCGACUCCGGAACGGGCGCCUGGAGCGGCUUAGGAGCCGCCGUCACCGCCGCGAUUUUUGGAGAGCACCACCCCCCCCCGGCCCCCAGGAGAAAUCGAGAGACGGAGAAGGGAGGAGACCCCAAGCGCGCGAGAAAUAAAGCCAGGGGUGGCCAGAAAGAGGCGGCAGGAGAGAGAAACAGACCCAAGGGAGCCAGUCGCGGCCGCUGCCCCCGCCCUCCUGGCAACCCGGCCCCCUCCCUUCUUCCCUCCCCCCUCCUCCCGUCUUCUCGCCGCCCGGGGAGGCUUCGGGGCUCCGGCCCCGCCGGCACCUUCUCGGCGAGCGAGCGCCCGCCUGCGCGUCCGCCAGCAGCGCGCCCCAGGGGAGGGAGCGAGGGCUGCGCGCUGCGCGCCCGGCCGGGGAGGGCAGCGUCGCCCCCCGCGCCGACGUCCGGGCCCCGGCACCCCCGCGCGGGCCCCCGACUAAUGCCGGGGAGGCGGCCCCGCGAGCCGCCGCAGGCCGCUCGGGCUCGGGACGAGACUAGCCUCCGGCUCCGACAAUGUGCCAGUUCAGGAGCCCGCGCGGCUCGUCCCCAGCCCCGACCCGUCCCGCUCUGCCCCUCCCUGUCCCUGCCAGGCUCGGACCUGCGCCGCCCGCGAGGGCUGGAAGGCACUGGGAGCGCCGCCGGGGCUGCCGAGAGGCCGGGUCCCCGCUCCACUUUGCGCAAACUUGUUUUUCUAAGGUCGGCGCCGCGAGCUGGCUACAUCGUCUUCUUAAGGUGGACUGGGGAAGUUGCGGCCAACCUCCCCUCGCCUCCGGACUCCGGCCGCGCGCGGCUAGUACCCGCUGCCCGCUGGCGAGAGGCUGGAGGCGGCGAAGGAGUCGGGGAGUGGAGGCGCGGGGGUGGGGGGUGCCUGCCUUUGCCCCUCCCCAAGAGGCCGUGCCCCUGCGCCCAAAGCUGGACGCCCCUCUUGGGGGUGGGUGCGGGCCGAAGGGGCCCCGAUCCUUUCAGAGCCGGGCCGAGGUGAAGGAAAAGGAGGAAAGGGCACAAUCUGUCAGCCAAUCCUGCCUGCUGGGCCUUCCCAUCACAUCCAGAGCCGAACCACUUCUCAGCACCUCUGCUGCUCCCGCCCUCCGUCUGAGCCUCCACCGCUCUCACCUGGGUGCCCUAUUUCCACCUGGUGCCUUCUGUCUAUUCCUCAGCAGCCCGCGGAAUCCUUGCACAGAAGUCAGAUCACAUUCCUUCCCUGUCGUCAAAGGAAGAAGACAAAUGAGCACGAGUAGGAGAGGAUCAGGGGCUUGGGAGCCAAGAUUUUGCCAAUUUGACUUAUGCAAAAAAAAA